UAUCGUAUUACAUUCGCGGGUUGCACAGACCUCAGAACUUUCCUGAAUUUGUUACAUUGCGUAAAUAUAAUCCCUAUUCUUUGGACUGCAAAUUCGUAAGAUACACCAUUGGCCAUUUAAGUCAAGUUCUUAUAUGUAGACUUCUGUAGGGAAUGGCAGAUCAACUGCUAUUCGAUGCGAGGGUUGACUUUGUGGAGAGAGUAUUGAGCGAAGUGCUCUUGCAGCUGCUGGAUGACCUUUUGAAGGACGAGGUUCUGACUGGCAGAGAAAAGAAAGCUCUGAUCGAGGAGAACAAAAGCACAUCAGAUAAGGCGCGAUGCCUCUUGGAUAAAAUGCGGAAGCGAGGCCCGAAGGCCUGUGGGAAAUUCAUCUCCCGGCUGCAGGAACGAGACCCUGACCUGUGUGAGCUCCUGAAUCUGGGCGCGGUCUCGCCACCUGCACCGCCAGCACCAUUGGAGGAGCUGUCCCUCCCGCUCCGUCAGCAGGAGGUGACCUGCUCGCCAUCUCAGCAGGAGGCUAGCGCAGUGCUCAUCCCCUGCACCCCACAGUUCAAGAAGGCCCUGCUGGAGAAGGAGGGGGCUGAGCUUUACCCCAUGAAGGAGAAGGGUCAGCGCAAGCGCAUGGCUCUGCUCAUCAACAAUGUCAAGUUUGACCACCUGUCUGAGAGGCGCGGGGCCGAAAAAGAUGUAGAAAACAUGGAGAAACAACUCAAAGAGCUGGACUACACUGUGGAGACACACAGGGAUCUGUCUGCCCAGGACAUCAAUGAAGCUGUCAAAGGGUUCUCUCAGCAUCAGGCCCAUUUGGAGUCGGACAGCACGUUUGUGGUGAUCAUGUCCCAUGGAAAGCGGGAUGCCAUCUGCGGGAUCCACUAUAACGAUGAAGACCCCCAGAAAAAGAACCUCUUCCUCAUUGACAACAUCUUCAAACACCUCAACACAAAGAACUGUGCUGGGCUGCGCAACAAACCCAAAGUCAUUGUGAUACAGGCGUGCAGAGGGGGUAUGCUGUGUGCUGAAAGUGUGUGUAAAUGUGUGUUCUGGGUGAGUGACAGUGCUUCCGCGCCCAAAUCUCUGGAGGAUGACGGCAUGUGGAGGGAACUCAAGGAGAGAGAUUUUGCCUGUCUCAUGGCCUGCACCCCUGACACCAUGUCCUACAGAGAUCCUGAGAAAGGAGCCAUUUUAAUCCAGAAGCUUGUGGAGACCAUCAAUACACACGCCCACAAGGACCAUAUUGAGGAACUGUUCCGGAAGGUUAGGAAUCAGUUUGACGGUUCCAAACUUCAGAUGCCAGUCACAGAGAGAACGUCUUUGGGCAAGAAGUUCUACUUAUUCCCUGGACUGUGAUCCCUGCCUUCACCGGCCUAUUCCAGAUGAAUCCACUUUUUAAAAUCCAGAUUAGUCCACUGCUCUCUUAAUCCAGAUUAGUCCACUGCUCUCUUAAUCCAGAUUAGUCCACUGCUCUCUUAACCAGAUUAGUCCACUGCUCUCUUAAUCCAGAUUAGUCAACUGCUCUCUUAAUCCAGAUUAGUCAACUGCUCUCUUAAUCCAGAUUAGUCAACUGCUCUCUUAAUCCAGAUUAGUCAACUGCUCUCUUAAUCCAGAUUAGUCCACUGCUCUCUUAACCCAGAUUAGUCCACUGCUUGCUUUCUUUACAGGGUCGACGUGGCUCAGGCAGUAAGAGCAAUCAUCUGGCAGUCGGAGGGUUGCCGGUUCCACCCCCCACCCGGGCUGUGUCGAAGUGUCCCUGAGCAAGACACCUAAUCCCCAAAUGCUCCUGAUGAGCUGGUCGGGGCCUUGCAUGGCAGCCAAUCGCCGUCGGUGUGUGUAUGAAUGGGUGAAUGGAGAAGCAUCAAUUGUGCAGUGCUUUGGAUAAAGGCGCUAUAUAAAUGCCUGCCAUUUACCAUUUAUCCAGAUUAGUUAUUGGAGGCAGCUCUUGUUGUGUUAAUUAUGACUUUAAAUAGCUCCAAUAAUACAAAUUGUAAGAGACGUGUCCAAUUAAAUCAAUUUUCUAUCUGCCAAA